CUACUUCACUCAUCCAAAGCCCUAUACCUCUCUCGCGUGCUCUCUUUCUUCUCCUCGGUCACCAUGAGUGCCAACUUGGGAACGGCGGCCGAGCCGAUCCUCCGUAGCAUGGCGGGAAGGAAGAUGGCGUCUCCGGUGACCAAUCGCGCGAGCCCGAUGGGGCGGCCUCUGCGGCUGCCGCCGGUGGCGAGGUCGAGGCUGAUAGAGAGACUGAGGAUUUCGUGCUCAGGUGUCGGAUCCGGGAGCCGGGGUCUCACGUACAAGGACGCCGGCGUCGACAUCGAUGCCGGGUCCGAGUUGGUUCGCAGGAUCGCAAAGCUGGCGCCCGGAAUCGGAGGGUUUGGUGGCCUCUUCCCUUUGGGUGACUCAUACCUUGUUGCCGGUACCGAUGGUGUUGGUACCAAGCUGAAGCUUGCAUUUGAAACUGGCAUCCAUGACACAAUCGGGAUUGAUCUGGUGGCUAUGAGCGUGAAUGACAUAGUUACCUCAGGAGCAAAACCAUUGUUCUUCCUAGAUUACUUUGCAACGAGUAAUCUUGAUGUUGAUCUUGCUGAAAAGGUGAUAAAGGGGAUUGUUGAUGGAUGCCAACAAUCUGAUUGUGUUCUCUUAGGUGGCGAGACAGCGGAGAUGCCCGAUUUUUAUGCCAAGGGAGAAUAUGACUUGAGUGGGUUUGCUGUUGGCAUUGUCAAAAGGGAUGAGGUCAUCAAUGGGAAGGACAUUGAGGCUGGAGAUGUCCUCAUUGGUCUUCCAUCCAGUGGUGUGCACUCUAAUGGCUUUUCCCUCGUGAGAAGGGUUUUGGCUCAAAGUGGCCUUUCUUUAAAUGAUCAGCUUCCAAAUAACAAUGGUAAACCCAUUAGAUUGGGUAAAGCUUUAAUGGCACCCACCAUCAUCUAUGUCAAGCAGGUGUUAGACAUUAUCAGCAAGGGGGGUGUAAAAGGAAUAGCUCACAUCACAGGUGGUGGUUUUACGGACAACAUUCCAAGAGUAUUUCCUUCAGGCCUUGGAGCUAAAAUUUUUACAGAUUCAUGGGAAAUUCCUGCUGUAUUUAAAUGGCUAAAAGAGGCGGGAGGAGUUGAGGAUGCUGAGAUGAGGCGAACAUUUAAUAUGGGCAUUGGGAUGGUUCUUGUUGUAAGAAGCGAUGCAACCGCCCGAAUACUAUCGGAAUGCCAGGGUUCAUCUGGAGCUUAUCGCAUUGGUGAGGUCAUAGUGGGCGAAGGGGUCGAGUAUGUAUGAGCAAGAAGAUACCUUGUCGCUUGUGGAUGUGAAUAAGGGUUCCAUUUUUGUGAUAGGAGGUCACAAAUGUGGUAGAAAAUUAACAUGAAUCCAUAAACGUAGGAUUUGACUCCAGGAGGCUGGCUAUAUAUGCAUUCUGGCAUAUAUAUAUUUUUUUGAUAAUUACUAUUAUUUUCCUAUGGAUUUCA